AAUCCGGGCGGCUGUUUAUUACACCUUCAUUACUACACGGACCCUGACAGCGCCGGGCUCCAGUUCAGCCUGCAGGUGCCGCAUCUCCGUAGAAAUAGGAAGAGAGGGAAGAGUUGUUUUGUAGCGAAGGGGGAAACAUAUCUCUGUGGCAGAUACAAAGCCAGUGCUCCUCCUCGGCUAUAUAGGCAGGGAAACGCCACGAUAACCAACCAAAGGGUGCCAGAGGGUAGAGAGGAGCGCAGAAGGCAAUCCACAUCCAUCUGCCAGCCACUUAGUCCGCGCUAACAUUUCCAGUCCGGAUUUCAGCACAGCUGUCCAGCCAACACAACCAGGAAAAUGUCUGCCCCAGCUGGAGCCCCUGGAGCAGAUGGAGGGAAUCAGCCCCCCAACCUCACCAGCAACCGUCGUCUGCAGCAGACACAGGCACAAGUGGAUGAGGUGGUGGAUAUCAUGCGUGUAAACGUGGAUAAGGUUCUGGAGCGUGAUCAGAAGCUGUCAGAACUGGACGAUAGGGCUGACGCCCUGCAGGCUGGAGCCUCUCAGUUUGAGACCAGCGCUGCAAAACUGAAGAAUAAAUACUGGUGGAAGAAUGCCAAGAUGAUGAUUAUAAUGGGUGUGAUAUGCGUGAUUAUCCUCAUCGUCAUUAUUGUGUACUUCAGCACCUAAGAAGAGUUGCUCCUACCCCAGUCUAAUCCUUCCUCGCUACAGAAGAAAAACCCUCCAAUUGAUUACAAAAUUAACCACGAUAAGUCAUUUAUUAUAUAUAUCUCCCGAUUAGCCUCGAUAUAUAACACCCCUAAACCUUCAGGGCCCCAUGGCUCCCCCACAUCCACCACCUCGCCUCUGGACCCCUGUCAAUAUUUGUCCUGUGAGUGUGUGGCCCUGUUUCCUUUCUGGGUACUCUUGGCUUUUCUAACCUGCCAUACUGAGAACCAAACACUUGUGACGAUGCAACAACAGAAAAGGAAGCAACGUUUGGCGAUAAUUGUUACAUAAUUGAUAUAUAUAUAGUUCUUUGUAGAGUUUUAUUCUGAUAUAUACUGUUUUGUAGGUGUGUGUGUAUGUGCGUGUGUGUGUGUGUGUGUGUGUGUGCAUUUUGUAUUUUUUAAUUUUUUGUAUUAAUUUUAAGUAUGCUUCAGCGUUAACUACUGCCUAUUAAUCAAAGUGUGUAUCUUGCAUGUUUUCAUCAUCGGUCUGUCUCCCUGCUUACUCUCUCUUUUCGAUGUAUUUUUGCAAAAUGGAGUUCGUCUCCAUUUCACUACGGAAAGACUUUUUGAGGUUCAUCUGUGCUACUUGUGUCCAAUAAGAAAGUACAAAAUAAGCCAGAGAACUAAAACUUGUACUAAAGAGAUAACAUCAAGUUACACACAUUUGAGCUAAUACACACACAAAACUGCCCCUGAGAAUGCCCCAGGUUACUCUUACCUCAGCUCCAAAUUUCUAUAACUUGAUGUCAUCACGGAAUUCAAGUCUUAGCUUCUUUGCUGGCUUUCUAAGAAGAGCUAAUGCUCACUCAUACUGAUCAAACAUACAAAUAAUGCAUGAAUUGUUAAACUAAUUCCUAGUAACCAUCAUUUUCCAGCCCUCUUCAUCCGAUCCUCCCAGUAUCCGUUUCGUUUCUCUUUCUCCAUUUCACUCGUCUAAUAACGUUCAUCUUUAACGCCCCAACACUUCCGUCUGUCAGCAUGCUUGAACACCUCAAUUUCUUCUGAUCAUUUCUAAAACUGCCAUAGUACAGUCGGACCAAUGUCUGUAGAUGUUUCUUUUUUUAUUUAAAUAUUACGUAGUGUCUUAUUUCGAAAACAUUCCUUCAUUGCAGUCUAGUGCAAAUGGUCUUACCGUAGCACAUAUAAGUGUAAGUAUCUUUAAGGAAAAAAAAAAAAUGAAACUUGUGUCGAAAACGUCGGUCAUACAAACCAUAGGAGAAAAAAAUAGUUAAUAGCUGUAAGGGUACGUUUUGGAUAGACAGAAUUAGACUUUCAAUCUGUCCAAAUGAUUUUCUUUUGUAAUAUGGGUGAUGUUAUUUUAACAUUACACGUAGGCUACAGUAUACUGUGGAGAUGUCAUUAAUGUCAAACUGUGGAUAGGGGCUUAAAAAAACCAAUUCUAAUGCAUAAAAUGGGGCCGUUGCAUAAAUUGAUACAUUUCCAUAAAGCAACGGUUAAUUCUUACUGGCCUGUUACUUACAUGGCCACUAAAAAGCCUUAGUCUCCAGUCACUUCUAUUAGUUACCGUAGAAUAUUUCCAGUCAAAUCCGCCCUCACACUUUUAGUCUGUGCAGGGGGGAGUGGCUGACUGCAGAAAAGGAAUCUGUUUAAAAUGCACAAACAACCUUGUUUUUGAUGGCGCUGUCUGGCUGGUAAAUAGCCUGUCCAAAGGAGAUCCUCAUGCAGCAAAACCUCUCCACACGAAGAGCACAUAUAAAGAAAAGAGAUAAUUCAGCCUUAUUUGCAAAUCCAGGAACAGGGACAGAGGCUAAUGAGGAUAAUGUCAAAUUCACAGUUGAGUUUUUGGUCAGCAACUUUGGGGUAUCGGCUCAGAAAUGUACUGUCAAAGGUUAGCGACAAGCAAUUAUUCAAGAAUAGUAGCACUCCGAAGAAGAGUGUCUUUGCCAGCGCAGUGGUUCUGUCUCAGUGUUUCUCCCUAUAGUUAAGGCCUUUUUUUCUUUUUUAAAUAUAAUAGAUUCUAUUUUUAUUAUAGUAUAUUUUUGUGUGAAACAGACAGGUAGAGAGGAAGUGUGCAAUCAGUACUAUUUGCUGCCAACAGCAGUAAGCUCCUCUUUACCUCAGUCUGCUGUGUUUUUUGUAAUUCAGCUCUGUGCGUUAUACACUGCCAAGCAACAAGGGAGAGGCUUCUGUUCUUAUUGCAGAUUUCUUUCAUUGGUGCCCAAGCUGGUUUGGUCUUAAAACAUUCUUUUACAUGUGUCUGGCAUCUUAACCUGUGUAUACUACUUGUGGCUACUUUAUGAGCAGGAAGAGCAGGGCAAUACGAUGCACUUGUUUGUUCUUUAGUGCUCAGUUAAACUAAGGCCUUGUACACAUGAACAUGAGAUGACAUCAACCUAAAGUUAAAUUUCCUUGAUUUGAGACUAUUUUACUUUCACCUAAGGAAGAUCUUUAUUUACAGAGUUUUUGCUUGUGCAAGUCUGCAUUAAUAAAUGCUGAACAGGAAGCAAUUUAACUAAACUAAAAUGUAUAAAAUAUUCUUAUAGUAGGCUGGAAAGAUAAAGAUCACGAAGCCACCAACAAUAUUUUAAAACAAGUGUGUGUAAAGCCUUAGUAGCCUUGUCUCUUUUCAACAUGACUUUU